CUGUACAUGUGUAUAUAUUUAUACACACUAUAUAUAUACAGUAUAUAUACAUAUACACACGCGUAUAUAUAAACACAUGUAUAUAAACAUGUCCACCAGGUGUAGGAGGAGUCCUGCAGCAGUAUCAGCUGGUGGCCACCAGAUGGCAGCUGUUUCUUCAAACUUUUCUCUGUAAAGUUAAAUCUUAUUUGAUGUGAUGCGUUCAGGUUCCUGCUAAUCAAUCAAUCAGACUGAUUAUUGAUGAUCAGUUCUGUGUUUUCAGAGUAAAAGCAGCUUCCUGUUGUUUUUUUGUGUCAUGAAGAAGAACCGGAUGAAUAAAUGAUGAUGAAGUGAUAAAUUAAAUAUGUAAGAUGAAUAAAUGAUGAUGCUGUAGUAGUCUGUGUCGUCACGUGACCUCAGCGGGACGUCACGUCACAUCACAGAGAAUCAGAGCAGCACGAGGAGGAGACACCCGGAGGACACACGAGACAGCGACGAGCUGAUUUUGAAUCUUAUUGGUCGACAUCAUGCACACGCUUCCGGAGACGGAGACACUUUCUCCGACCAACAGCACUAGUUUGAUGGUGUGCGAGCCGCCGUACAACGACGGUCGUCUGCCGCUCGUGCUGCUGUACUGCGUGGUGCUGGCUGUCGGACUGCCGGCUAACCUGCUGACCGUCUACCUCACCUGGCUGCAGGUGUGCAGGAAGAACGUGCUGGGCGUGUACCUGUUGAGCCUGUCGUUUUGUGACCUCACCUACCUGGGCACUCUGCCGCUGUGGACGCACUACGUCAGCAAAGGUCACUGGUGGCCGUGGAGCUCGGUCGCCUGCAAGGUAACGGGCUACAUCUUCUUCAACAACAUGUACAUCAGCAUCUUCCUGCUCUGCUGCAUCUCCUGCGACCGAUACGUUGCCGUGGUCUACAGCGUGGAGUCCCGCGGCCUCCGCCGGCAGCGCAUCGCCGCCCUCAUCGCAGUCGCCAUCCUGCUGGUGGUCGCCUUGGGUCACGUCCCCGUCUUCACCAUGAGGGAGGGCGACGCCGCCGAGGGCAACCGCCGCUGCUUUGAGCCGAGUCAAAGCAACGCCACGGUGACGGGCUUCAACUACGCCCGCUUUGUCGUGGGCUUCCUGAUCCCGCUGCUGGUGCUGGUGGUGACGAACCGCAGCAUCCUCGCCAACGUGCAGCGCAGCACGGGGCUGUGGCGGGAACAGAAGGAGCGCGUUCGCUGGCUGGCGGUGGCGGUGGUGGCGCUGUUCCUGGUCUGCUUCGCCCCGUACCACAUCAUCCUGCUGGUCCGGGCCGUCAUCUACCACUUCCAGCCGGAGGACGGCACCUGUCUGUUCGAGAGGACCAUGUACACGCCCUACACCAUCUCGCUGGGUCUGUCCACCGUCAACAGCGCCGUCAACCCCAUCCUCUACGUCCUGUCCAGCGACAACAUCCGCAAAGAGCUGAGCCGAGGCCUCACGCAGGUCUGUGACCGAGCGCACCGGAGACCACGAUCCGACAGCAGCCAGAACCGGAUCCAGCCCAUCAGGAGCUCCUCAGAGCUGAAUGUGGUGACCGAGACCGAGAGACCCCACGGAGGAAAACCACCAGGGACCUGAAAGGCCCACCUCCGCUGGACUCUACUGGUCCCUG